GUAUUGGCCGAUUCAGCAAGUUCUUCAUUUUCUCCAGUACGUUUUCGUCGGUUUUGGCGAGCAUUGGCCAAUUCAGUAAGUUCUACAUUUUCUCCAGUACGUUUUUGUCGUUUUUGGCAGUAA